AGAACGAACUCGGCUUACAAUCAGCUGAGCAAGCAAGCAAACACACACACACACACAUACAUAUAUAAAUAUACUCAAGCUUUGUGUGCAGAGAAAAGCAGUCAAUCAGUCGGAACGCUGAAAGUAGUGCGGUUCAAAAAAAAGUGCUUUGUGCGAUUUGUUGGUGUUUUUAAUUAUUUGCGAAAGGCAAAAUCGAAUGAAUAAAUGAAAUAAUUUAAUUAAUGAGAUAAGCGCACAUUAGCAUCCAAGUUAAUAUACUAAAUAUUUAUAUAUACCUACAUAUGUACGUACACAAUAAUUGCCAAAGUCCAAAGAGAAAAUGCCAACAAUAAGAAUACUGCUACGAGAAUAUCCACGCUGACGUACGUUGACGUGUAUGUAUUGAAUUUACAUACAUAUAAAUACAACUAAAAUAUGUUAAUACAAAGACUAUGCCACCUAGUGCCACCAACAACUAUAACCAUUACCUAAGUAAUCCCACCAAGAACAAAAGUGCCCAAUAAAAAUCCCAACAACGCAAAAAAUUUCCAAUCGCCAAACGAUUUGCUGCGUCAAUAACAAAUAAGCGAGACACAGAGCGGAAUAUUAAGUUUCAAAAGAACAACAACAACGCCGCGCCGAACAAAAGUCACAACGACACGACGAAAAUAAUAUGCGCGGAUAAAAGGCGAAAGAAAGAAGCAAAACAAGUAGUGAGAAAACAAAAACAAAGAAUAUAACCCACCGAUAAAGAAAUCACAAGAAAAGCAACCAAACAGUGCCAAGCAAAAUAAAACAAAAUUAUACUAAAAGCAGAUAAAAAAGCGCAUUUAAAAAACAGAAAAAAAUAUAACAAAAAAAACAACAAUUGAAAAUAUCAAAAGUUCAACAACAGCAGCAAUAACAACAGUAACAAAGCAGUUAUCAGCAACAGCAGUUGUAACAGCAACAUAUCCACCCCCCAAAACAACCAACCAACCAACCAAACAAUACAACAAUACAAUACCAAAAACAAAUAGUGAUAAAAAAAUUAGUAAAAAAAAAAUAUAAAAAUAUAUAGAAAUAUAUAUUCAACAUUUAAAACCAAACAAGAAUAACAAAUACACACAGUUUCAGCAUUAAAUAUGAAACAAACACGUAAGGUUGCUCCCGAUGGCGGUUGGGGUUGGGUGGCCUGCUUUGGCGUCAGCUUAGUUAAUUUGGCCACCCGCUCGAUCGAGCCCUCAUUCGGUCUGCUCUUCGGCGAUUUGCUACGCGAUCUCGAUGUCGGCACCACCGGCGCCGCCAUUAUAAUGAGCACACUCGAUGUGUGCAUGAAUUUCUCAGGUCUCUUCGUCGGUCCACUGUUAAAGGAAUUCUCCUACCGCAAAGUGGCUAUCGCCGGCUCACUGCUCUGUGGCAUCGGCUUGGCGGCCACCUCACCAGCAGCCAGCAUGGCGCACAUACUCAGUACAUAUAGUGUGAUUAACGGUAUCGGUGUCGGGCUGUCCACGUCGGCCGCCUUUGUGGCGCUCAAUCACUACUUCAAGUAUAAACGUGGUCAAGCGGUGGGACUCUCUAUGGCCGGCACUGCGUUAGGUAUGCUGAUCAUGCCGCAAUUGGUACGCAUGCUGCUCGAAGCUUUCGGUUUCCGUGGCGCGGUGCUGAUGUUGGCCGGCAUUGCGUUGAACUCCACAGUGGGUGCUGUGCUCUUGCAACCAGCCAAAUGGCAUAUGAUCGAUGAGGUGAUUGAUGAGGAAUUGAUGACAGUGCCGGUGUCACCGCCCACACCGGAUGUGAAGGUCAUACGUGAAGAUGCCGCAGAAGAAGAUGCACUGCCCGAGCUGAAUACGCUACUCUUCCCCAAACAGCAAUAUAUGCGUAAGAAUUACUCGGAAAUGGCGAUGAACACAAUGAACGGUACACGCUUGGGUAUGCCCAAACGUCCCACAUUCCCGCGCAUCAUGUCGCUCGCGGGCGUGCAAUCGGCGGUGAAUAACAGUCACUCCAAUGGCGAUGUGAAUGUGUCGUUGCGCAACCGCAAACACUCGGUCACGUCAAAUCUCUCCUACAUGGACUUCACCGGCUCCAUACUGCAAGUGCACAUGAAUGUGGGCGAUGAAGAGUUCGAACGUAAUGAUCGUGAGCUGAAACGUGUCAACACGGCGGCAAGCGGUAUGGCGAAUGCGCAUCGUGACUCUUUUAUAAAAAUGCGCCCAACAGAGACUGAGAAGAAUGAAGAGUCGGCUGAGAAGGCGGCGGAGAAGAAACCCGGUUUCUGGCGUCGUUUCGCUGAUCUCAUGGAUGUUGACUUAUUGCGUGAUAAGAUCUUCUUAAACAUAUUGUUCGGUCUGUCGAUCUUCUAUGUGGGCGAGAUGAAUUUCAAAAUGGUCACACCAUUCUUUUUCGCCAAUCUUGGCUAUAAUAAGACAGAUGUCGCAUUCUGUUUAUCGAUAACAGCCAUCACAGAUAUUUUAGCACGUAUAAUACUCCCACCAAUAUUCGAUCGUACCACCAUCAAGAAACGUACGGUGUUCUUAGUAUCCAUCAUCUUUGUGGGCAUCACGCGUUCAAUCAUGGCCGAGCAAACCGAGUGGACUCAACUAAUGGUUUGGCUAUCGAUUUGCGGUUUCUUCCGUGGCUCUGCGUUGGCGAAUUUCACACUCACCGUUUCCGAAUACUGUUCGUUGGAGAAAUUACCCUCCGCCUUUGGCUGGCAUUUGGUUGGCAAGGCUGUAUUUGUCAUCUGUCUGGGACCGCUGAUCGGUCUGAUUCGUGACGUCACCACCAGUUAUCCCAUCUGCAUACACGCACAAACCGUUUGCAUAUUCAUGUGUGUAAUCGCCUGGGCGAUCGAGUAUUUGAUAACAUAUUUGAAAGAGCGAAAAGCUAAUGAGGGCAUCAAUGCCACAAUCGGACCCGAGACCAAUAUCAAACACUAACACGUGCUUAAUUUGGGGCAAUUGAGAAAGGGAUAUUUUUAUAAGAAACUGUUUUUCGUGAAACUUACACUCUGAUAUACUAUAUACAGACACACACACACACACAUACUUAUAUGUAUAUUUAAGUAGUUAGUUAUACUAUAUGGAAUACUAUUUUCAUAUAUACAGAUGUAUGUAUGUAUGUAUAUUGUUAAAAUACAUAUGUACUUAUGCAGUGAGCGAAAUUUCUUUAUAUUAGUUAAAUGCAUACAUAACUGUAUGUAUGUAUGUACUAAGUGAGUUAGUGUUUAGUAAGAGCUAAGUAUAAAUACAAAAACAACAAACACAGCUCAUAAAUAAAUAUAAGAAGAAGAAGAAGAAGUAUGUAUGUAUCUCCGUGUACAUACGUGAAAUGUGCGAUUUCCAAUGUGAUAGUUCAAAUUAUGCUUAUAGAACGUAAGGCUAGAAAUACGACGCGUGCGUUUAACGGUAUUACACAGUAACUGUACCCUUUUUUAUAUAAAAAUUUUCUAGCAUACCCAAGAAACCA